GACAGGCAGGAAACUGGGUAUGAUACCUUAUUUUGUGUUGUGUUGUGUGAAAGUGAAACUAAACAAACAGGCGCCGACAUUUUGUGCAGGAUAGAGACAUUUUACUGUUGACUGCAGCUCAUAUCCUCGAUUGAUGUCUGUAACCUGGUUAUAGGAAUAUAGGCGAGCCUACUCUUGUCGUGGCAUAUUUUUGAGGUUAAARCCGUCUUUGRAUCAACAGCRUGACAAGUAUAGACUACUCAGAACAUGUUGCAGUAAUAAUUGUUUACUGAAAUGACCGAAUAARUUUCCGCUCAUUAUUUGGCAACUUGGCUGUGAGGAAGAAAACGGAGUAACAGUCGGGACCAUUUCUUGAAGACAGACGGCUCACUCACACUCAUUGAACUCUAUCGGACUUUACUUUAUAUACCCCUGACUGGUGGUUAGUAKCCUACAACAAUCRACAAUGRACAGACCUGGAUUCACUACAGCCCCUCAUCCUCCUGAUGUCAGGAUUGUGCUGCUGGGUAAAACUGGAGUGGGGAAGAGUGCAACAGGAAACACCAUUCUGGGUCAAGACGUGUUUCACUCAGCUUUGGGCUUUUCCUCAAUUACCAUGAAAUGUCAAGAGAGAACUGUUCUCAUUGGACAGAAAAGAGUCAGUGUGGUUGACACUCCAGACUUCUUCUAUGCAACACACACACAGGAGGGUUUGAGUUCAGAGAUAGAGAGAUGUAUCCACCUGUCUGACCCUGGACCCCAUGCAUUUAUCUUUGUUCUAACUCUUGAUACUUUCACUGAGCAGGAGACAGAUGUAGUCACUGCAUUUGAGAAAUGUUUUGGUGAAGUAGCUUCAAGAUACACAAUCAUUGUCUUUACUCAUGGAGACGAGCUGAACAACAGAACAAUAGAGGAAUUAGUAAAGAACAAUGUUAAGUUGUCUGAGCUCAUUGAAGAGCGUGGUUGGAGAUAUCACGUCCUUAACAACAAAGACAGAGCCAAUAGAAACCAGGUGACCGAGCUGCUGGAAAAGAUUCUCUUCAUGAUGUAUGUGAAUGACGGUAGAUGUUACACACAUGACAUGCUGCAGGAGGCACAAAGAAAGGCAAGAGAACUGACUGAGUUGAUGAAAGAGGAGAGUC